UUUGCUUCCAGGGUUGUGUGAAGAAGCAGAUUCAUGGUUAUGCUUCCUUUUUCCCUUCUCAGCUGAGAAAGAAAUAAUGUCAGCUCAGCUGAAAACUUUAGUUCUGUUUAAAAAUUUUAGAAAGUAGACUUGUGAGCAACUGCUCACAAUGAAUUUUGGGAAGAGUCUGGUGUAAAAGUAUGCCCUCUCUGGCCUGAAAUUACACACUAUGGACUGUGUGAUUAUUAGUAAUCCCAUCCUGAAACUGUUUUGGGUACUGUUUUCACCCUGAUACAAUUUUGCAGUUAAGAGAUACUUACUCCUACUUUAUCCUGAGCAGAGAGCAUGCAAUUUUCUGGAGAUUCUCUGCACUUGGCACCAAAAUUAUUAUGUUGUUUUAUAUAAUGCUGUUUAAUUUCAUUUCUGAAAUGCCUCCAGUAAAUUGUUCAGAUUAAAAGGUUUGAUUUGAAUGGUUCGAUAUGUCUCUGUCUAGAAAAUGUAGUUUUACACUUUGGUUUGUUUCAUUAUCGAACGCCUAAUGCCAUCUGUUCAUUUCAAAUGGAUCCAGACUUGCAGGAGACUUUCAAUGAUGUUCAGAGCUCUGUCUACAGAAUAGCCCUAACACUACACGCAAUACAAAGUCUGUGCCAGUUGGAUUUGAUUGAUGUUUCUCAGAUUUGGCACAUCCUAUUAAGUGAAUGGAGCAAGAGAGAAAAGCAAAUUUCUCUGAAAGCGCAGCAGAUCUCUGGAAUGCUGACAAAACUGUUCCAAAGGGCGAGAUUAGGAAAAACAGGUCAGGUAGAUCCAAGAGCUGCUGAAUUCACAUUGAGCCUGCUAGCUGCCAUGUAUGAUAGAUCUGGAACAGGUUAUAUCAAAACUAGAUCUGCUGCAGCUGCCCUAAUUGCCCUUUCAGGAGACACUCUACUGGCUAAAUACAGAGCCUUCUUCCAGUUUUAUGCUGUCCCUGAUGAGAAGGUGGCCUUGAUUACCCGUAGUGCCCUGAGAAACCUACUAAUAGACUUAAAUCAGAUCCCAGUUGUUGUGGGAGAAAGCUGCACUCUGUCUUGUGUGGAAAUUGCGACUCACAGCUGUUUCUAUGGUGUUCUGAACUCAGCAAUUGCUGAAGAAAAAUCCCUGUCUUGGCUGAGACUGGAGCCUGCUAUUCUCUUGUUGCUCCCUACAUGUUACAGAUUAUCAGCCACAGAAGUGGUUUCUCACCAAGCUAGAUGUAGAGUCUGCAAAAUUUUCCCCAUUACAGGCCUCAGGUAUUGCUGUCUGAAAUGCCUCGAUUUUGACCAAGUCUGUAUUUUCACUGGCCAUCUCAGCACACGUAAGAGGUCACAUCCUGUUAUGGAACACUGCGUGCAGAUGUCAGCAAAGGCGAAUGCAAAGCACUUUCUCCACACCAUCAGGAACAACUUGUUUCAAGAGCGCUGCAGAAGAAAAGAGGCGCAGAGAAGGAGGGCUCUGGAGGCAGUGGAGGAGCGGCACUUCUCUACUCACAAAAAGAUUUUUCCCCCUGCAGAUCUCAAUGCUUCACCACUACCUGGCCCUGAAAACCUGCCUUUCCCAGUGGACAGACUGGUCCUGGAAUCACCCAGGUUCAUAUCUAAAACCAGAACCGUAAUGCAGAAGAGUGAGAAUAACAGCAAGACACCACAGCAAGGCAAGACAAAAGCUCAGGCAAUAGCCUCUUUUGAAGCCGAUAUGUUAAAAAUGCAUGAAUACGUCAAAAGCAUUCACAAUGAGAGCAGGUACAUGAAGAAGCAGUUCAGCAAAUGGAAGGACAAAAUGAAAUUUCUUCACAACUGUCAGGAAGACAAAAGCUACAAAAUAGAGGCAAAGCUCCAAAGCCUGAGCACAAGCCAUGAAAACCUGCAAAUGAAGCUGCAGCGAAUGAAGCAAGAAUUAAAGACAAUGUUACAGUCAUCAGAGCAUCCUUUUGCCCUGUGUCAGAACUCGAUGCCAAGAAAUCUACAUGUCCUGCUGGAAAGGAGAAUGCAGGGUGGAUUAAAUCCUGCCCAAAUAACGCCUACUUCCAGAACAUGUGCAGAUUGGAAAUCUUUGAAUCCCCCCAACCCUGCCAAUAGAAUGCAGCUUUUACAGACACCUGAGGUUCCUGCUGCAACAAACAUUAUGUUCUCAGAAGACCCGCUGGAGUCAGUGUCCCUGCAGAGCAACAAACCAUUGAUGGAACAGUAUAAAAAACCAAACAACAAUCAAAGAUACCUGCCUGAAUUGACAGAAAACUCCCUCAGUGGCAUCACGAGGAAUAGAGUUCUUACUCCCUCUGCAGUGCAGGUACCACCUAAUGAGAAGGAAGUCAGUGAGGAAGUGGAACUGCAGCAGCUAGUGAUGGAACUGAAGGAUGCAUUGUCUCUGCAAGCCCAACUAGCUCAACAGUCGGCUUUGCAGCAGGAGUUCUUCUCUACAGCUGAACAUGUUUGCAAAUCCUUUUCUGACCUCAUCAAUCAAGUAACUUCUCCAGCUUGUAAAUGAUGGAAACUACCAUUCACUUUACAGCUUCAUUGAACUGUUGAAGCUCUCCAGUGAUUCUUCCAAGUAAUGUAGAUCUACUCUUAUCCAUGUGGAUACUUAUUAAAUCUUCAAACGAGUCUUUCUUCUUCAGAACUGGUGAC